CCUAAACAGUCACACUAGGGACAAAACAUUCAAAGUGUGAACCUAGGGGACCAUUCUCAUUCAGGCCACCACCACUUAUGUAUUAUACAUACAGUAAUAUUCCCUGUGGCUAUUCCAGACAUCCCAGUGUGGCUUGCCCCUCCUCCUCCUCCUCCCUCCCUCCUGCUGUGUUUUCCUCAUUCCCCUCCCACUUAAUGCCUCCCCUUUCCCAUCUCCCCUUCAAAUCAUCUGUAUCCUGCUAUUCUGGUCUCUAGAGCGCCUUCUCUACCCCAAAGGUUCAUUUUGACUCCCUGGCUUCUGCAGUUAUUCCAGGUUGUAUACUCACAUCUAAAGACUUAGAGUUAGGACCACAAAUGAGAGAGAACAUGUAGCAUUUGUCACUCGGGAUCUGGGUGACCUCGUUCAGUAUAUUAGUUCCACCCAUCUACCUGUAAAUUUCAUGAUCUCAUUUUCUUGACAGCUGAAUAGUAUUCUGUUGUGUAUAUGUAUAAAUUUUCAUUAUCCAUUCAUCAGUCGAAGGACAUUUAGACUUUUCGACCUACUAGCUAUUAUGAAUAGAGUGGCUGCAUUGUCUGUGGACCUGUGGUGAGGGAGUCCAUCAUGGAGGAAGAGCACACUGAAACGGAGCUCAUCACCUCAUGGCUGCCAGACAGCAGAAAGAGACAGGAGGAGACUGAGGACAAGAUAGACCCUUCAGAGUCACAUCUCCGGUGACCGUGUGUCUUGAGUCAGUCCACACCUUUCUCAGUGUCUGUCACCUUCCAGUACCACCAUCAGAUGAUGAAGAAUCCAUCAAUGGGUUAAACUAUUGAUGAAGGCAGAGCCCUCCUAAUGCAGUCAGUUGCAGAGAUAGCCUCCUGGCUGAUAGCUGGACAGAGGUGCUCAUCACUCAGCUCUUCCAGAAAGAAAAGCUAAAGAUGCAUAAUUGUGUUCCGAGAGGUUACUCACAUGUGUUGGUAUAGUAAAACAACACACAAAGGAGCCAACAAUAAUGCAGUUUAAGGAUGUAAAAUGAGAACCACAAGCUCAAGUCAAGAAGAGACUUCCCAUAGAAACCAGAGACAUUGGAUCCCCCUGGAGCUGGAGUUACAGAUCUCUGUGCGCCAUCCAAUGAGGGCUGAGAGCCAACCCGGCUCAUCUACAGGGAAAGAAAAUAAAGCGAAGCUGUUUCUUGUCCUGUGUAUUCAUCAGAUCGUCUUGAAAUUUAACCAAAAUGACAGCUGUUCCUUCCGAGAACUGCUCUUUUCAGCACCCGUUACACCAGUCAAAGCAGCCCCUAGACGUUGAUUGUCUGUUGUUCUUGAUCAUAACUGGGAAAACAUUAUUAAAUAUCCUUAUACUAGGGAUGAAAAGGAAAGCCACCUAUUGGAGUUUUAUCGAGUAUUUCUGCUUUUCACUAGCAUUUGUUGAUCUUCUGCUGUUGGUAAACAUUUCCAUUCUGUCCUACUUCAGGGACUUUGUAGUUCUAGGUAUUAGGUUUACAAAAUACCACAUCUGUCUGCUCAUACAAAUCACCUCCUCCACUUACGGCUUUUUGCAUUAUCCGGUUUGCUUACUAGCUUGUAUAGAUUACUCUUUGACUCUGUCUGGAGCCACCAAGCAUUCAUCUAAGUGGCAGAGGUUAUUUUACCUCUUGAUAGUCACGCUAACCUGGAUUUCAGUCUUUGCUUAUGUUCUAGGAGAGCCAGGCAUCUCACAGCGCUUGCAGACACACAGGGCUGCUCUGUACCAAUGCCCUUCCUAUGUCAGCACUCAGAGUUACUGGCUGUCAUUGUCUGUGCUGAUGCUUUUAUUUGUGGCUUUUCUGAUUUCAUGGCCAGAAGUUGUUGCCUUGGUACAGGCUAUGAGGAUGGCGUCCUAUAUGAACGAGACCGUCCUCUCCUUCCCUUUCACAUCCCACUCUGGUCACACUGUGCGCUCUAGAGAAGCACUCUUGCCCAGGCUUGUUGUGUGCUUUCUUGGUACCUGGUUUCCCUUUGUAGCACUUGAGGUCCUCACCCUCUCACUCAGAGUUCCAAUCCCAGCGUACGUAGACAUGAAUGUCCCCUGGCUGUACUUUGUCAACAGUUUUCUUAUUGCUGCAGUGUGUUGGUUGAACUGCCACAAGCUUUAUUUAAGAGGCAGCACAUUACCUGUGGAUCCUUUUGUCAACUGGAGAUGCUGUUUUGUUCCAAUCCAUAGACUUAAGCAAGUGGAGAGGCCUGUGUCCAUAAUCAUCUGUUAAUGUGCUGCUGUGUUGGGAGGAACUCCAUCCAGAAGCAUCGAGAUCAAUCUUAGGAGCAGGACAGAGGUGGCUCAGGACACGGAACUGAAGCUCUUGUUCCCCUAACUUUCGUCUGUUCAGCACAGCCUCUGUGUGGUGGAUAUCAAACAGUGCUAAGGACACUUUAACACCCCAAAGUUUUUAUGCCUGUUUAGCAACAUUGUGUAAGCAUUUGGUAUUAAUCCAAAAGGAAAAUAAACACAUGAACAUGUGGCCA